AUGGUUAAGUGGUACAAGAAGACCGUUGCCAAGACCAUACAGGGUAUUGAGAGACUGGAAACAGAAGCUUUAAUGGUGUUCAAGCUAGACGGGAAAGGAAACGCUGUCUACACUCAAGACAUUGGAGAUCUCGUCAUUUUCCUCACCAAGUCUGAGCCUCUUUGUGUCCCUGCUAGCUCCUUUCCCACAUGCGUCCUAACAGCGUCAAGAUCUUGGAUGUCGACGAAACCACAGUUGUACAUUUGGCUGCUCAAAACUGGAAUUGACAAGUCUGAAAUUGAGUUGUUUUGA